GCGGAGCCGAGGGCGCGGGGGCGGCGCCGGAGUCGCGGGUUCAAGGCCAAGUGCAGGCAGACGCGCACCGGCGGCUGGGCUCGGGCUGCUCCGGAAGACGCCAGAAACCCGCCGGAGCCGCCGAGCGGCAGCCUGGGGCAGAGCCGGGACUCUGACAGCACGGAGGUCCCCUCCCAAAGGAACUAAAAAGACUCUAUCCGCCCCCACCCUCGCCGCUUUUACGACGGCACACAUUAGUCUUUAUAAAAAGCAUCUUGAGGAUGAGUUUCGGCGUGACUGGGGGAUUCUCAGAAGACACAUUAUUCAAGUCAAAUUGAAAAGAAAAAAAGAGCGGGGAGGGGAAGGAGCUCAGACAGGUGAUGUGCGGACGGCGGGCUUGAGGAUUCUCCCAGCAUCAGCCGCGGCCGCCUCGGGGUAUCCGGAGGAAAGUUGAGCGAUCGCAGUGCCGACCCGAAAGGUGUGGCUCCCCGCCCCCUCAGAGGCAGUGGAGGUAGUGACAGGUAAGCAGCCUCCUGGCUGUCACCCGUAGCUCAGCCGAAGGGAGGCGGCCUGACCUCAGCGAAGGAAUUCCAGCUGGAGAAGCAGCUUCAGGAACCGCUGGAGGAGAGAGGACGAGAGAGCAGAGGAGAGGAGGGGGAAGUUGGGCAAACAGCUAAAGAACACUUCUGUUCAUGGAGGCAAAUGCUGAGGAUCCUUUCCAAGUGAACCCUGAGUGAACCUCUGAUAUAUUUAUUUCCUGUGGAAAGAGGAAGGAGCCAACAUGAAGGAAAAUGCAGCAUCUAGAGUGGUUUUCAUUUUGCUACUUUUUCUCAACGUCAGCCUUCUGAAUGGACAGUCACCUCCUGAAAAACCCAAGCUCGUUAAAUGUCGGUCUCCUGGAAAGGAAACAUUCACCUGCUGGUGGGAGCCCGGGGCAGAUGGAGGACUUACUACCAAUUACACGCUGACUUACCACAAGGAAGGAGAAACACUCAUCCAUGAAUGUCCAGACUACAAAACCGGGGGCCCCAACUCCUGCUACUUUAGCAAGAAGCACACCUCCAUAUGGAAGAUGUACAUCAUCACAGUAAACGCCAUCAACCAGAUGGGAAUCAGUUCCUCGGAUCCACUUUAUGUGGACGUGACUUACAUAGUUGAACCAGAGCCUCCUGCAAACCUGACUUUGGAAUUAAAACAUCCAGAAGAUAGAAAACCAUAUCUAUGGAUAAAAUGGUCUCCACCCACCAUGACUGAUGUAAAAUCUGGUUGGUUCAUUAUCCAAUACGAAAUUCGAUUAAAACCUGAGAAAGCAACUGAUUGGGAGACUCAUUUUACUCCGAAGCAGACUCAGCUUAAGAUUUUCAACCUAUAUCCAGGACAAAAAUACCUUGUGCAGAUUCGCUGCAAGCCAGACCAUGGAUACUGGAGUGAGUGGAGCCCAGAGAGCUCCAUCCAGAUACCUAAUGACUUCCCAGUGAAGGACACAAGCAUGUGGAUCUUUGUGGCCGUCCUUUCUGCUGUCAUCUGUUUGAUUAUGGUCUGGGCAGUGGCUUUGAAGGGCUAUAGCAUGGUGACCUGCAUCCUCCCACCAGUUCCAGGGCCAAAAAUAAAAGGAUUUGAUGUUCAUCUGCUGGAGAAGGGCAAGUCCGAAGAACUUCUGAGAGCUCUGGAAAGCCAAGACUUCCCCCCCACUUCUGACUGCGAAGACUUGCUGAUGGAGUUCAUAGAGGUAGAUGACUGUGAGGACCAGCAGCUGAUGCCACACCCCUCCAAAGAACACACGGAGCAAGGCAUGAAGCCCAUGCACCUGGAUCUUGACAAUGACUCUGGCCGGGGCAGCUGCGACAGCCCUUCGCUCUUGUCUGAAAAGUGUGAUGAACCUCAGGCCCAUCCCUCCAAGUUCCAUACUCCUGAGGGCCCUGAGAAGCUGGAGAAUCCCGAAACAAACCUUACAUGUCUCCAGGCCCCUCAGAGCAUGAGCGGGGAAGGCAAAAUCCCCUAUUUUCUGGCCAAUGGACCCAAAUCUUCCACAUGGCCUUUCCCACAGCCCCCCAGCCUAUACAGCCCCAGAUAUUCUUACCACAACAUUGCUGACGUGUGUGAGCUGGUCCUGGGCAUGGCAGGCACCACAGCCACUUUGCUGGACCAAACAGACAAACAUGCUUUAAAAGCCUCAAAAACCAUUGAGACUGGCAGGGAAGGAAAGGCAACCAAGCAGAGUGAGUCAGAAGGCUACAGUUCCAAGCCUGACCAAGACACGGCAUGGCCACUACCCCAAGACAAAACCCCCUUGAUCUCUGCUAAACCCUUGGAAUAUGUGGAGAUCCACAAGGUCAGCCAAGACGGAGUGCUGGCUCUGUUCCCAAAACAAAACGAGAAGGUUGGCGCCCCUGAAACCAGCAAGGAGUACUCAAAGGUGUCCCAGGUGACAGAUAGCAAUAUCCUGGUGUUGGUGCCGGAUCCGCAAGCGCAAAACCUGACUCUGUUAGAAGAACCAGCCAAGAAGGCCCCGCCAGCCCUGCCAUAGAAUCCAGCCAAGGCCGACCUGGCUAUCUCUCCCACAACCCCAGGCAACUGCAGACUCCAGUUGGGUUGGGGACUGGGUCCCGCAGGUUUUAUGCAUUCUUGCAGUGAGAGUUAUGGAAGGAUGGGUUCAAUUGUGAUUUUCCUUCAGGGAACACUAUAGAGUACGUGAAAUGCACUCUACCAGAGAGGGCUCAAGAACAGGGUUAGAAUGACAACUCCCAGUUCACUCUUCAUUCUCUAUUUUCAACCAGUUGCCUCUUUGUCCAACAGCUGAUUCCAGAACAAAUCGUUCCAUCUUGCAAGAUUUGUAGAUUUACUUUUUUGCUAUUAGUUGUCAGAUUAUAUGUUCAAUGAUAUAAAAGCACAUUGCCUAGUAUUCUUGAGAGACAGUGCCAAUAGGUAUAUAAUCUGGAAAAGGCCUUCAUGGUUUCGUAUGUGACAGAGGGGUAUAAGUCAGUCAAAAUUGUUUACCAUGGGAAGAUGGUAGAUAGGAGAGAAAUGCCAUGAAAACCACUUUGAAGACCAGUUGCUUAACCUUUGCACUCCUCUUUCAUUUUAUUAGGAUUAACCAAAUACAAUGCACUUAAAAAGUUUCAUUCUAGAACACCUGACAAAUUGUUUCCAUCUGUUCCUAUUACCUUAAAAUGACACAUGCCAAUACGCAAGGAAACAGGAUGCCUCCAUUUUUUUUAAAUAGUUUGAAUUUAUUAAGCAUGGAUUUUACCCCUAAAUUGUAUUUCAUUCUGAAACUUCUAGAAAAUAGGGUUUUAGAAAGUAAAAUUUUCUUACACAAGAGGCAAAUGAGUUUCAUGUGGUGAAUCCUUCUAAAAUGUUUUCCUCUUUCAUUUGAGCAUGAUAGAUAAUUUAUUACACACCCUUGUCUUCUGUUAGUGAAAAAAAAAUGUCCCAAAAGAUUAACUUUAAUUUAAAAUAUAAUCAUAGCAGGAUGCUCACAGAAGUACUGCCUUACUGUAUAUAUAAAUUCUACUUUACUAUAAACCCAUAAGUUUAACAAUGUAUUUUUGAAGACUAUUUUUCUAUCACUUAAGUAAAAUAAAAGACUAUUUUCUAUCUUCCCAGUACAGUCUGUUUACGUAUUCAGCAGGUAAAGUGUUUAUAUGAGGUUAUAAUGAGUAUUUUCAGUACUCAGCGAUAUAUACAGUCCCUGUUUGUGGAAUAAAAUGCCAUACCAAGCCAAAGCCCACUGAGGAAUAGGCAGUGGAUGACAAAAUUCGAUUUCCAGCACAGUGUAGUAUAGUUUUUCUGAUUCUUUUUAUCUCCAGGAUACUUUAAACAGCAAUCAAGAAACUAGAGUUUUAGGACCCUCCACAAACUGAAAAUUACUUCUUUUGUAAUUUAGGGUUCUGCUCUUGGGGUGAAAAUUUUCACUUCUCUGUGAAAUUUUCACUUCUCUGGGUAAAAAUUCAUAAAGAUGAAAUUUUCACUUCUCUGGGUGAAAAUUUAUACAGAUGAAAAAGGAGAGUGGAAACAUUUAACAUACUGCCUUAGAGAGAGGGUUCUUGUUUUGUUUUUCUGAGCAAUCUUGGGCAAAUCCAUUUGUGUGCUCACUUCUUAAGCUGGAACACAAAGAAUCUGAGCUCCCUCUGUGAGUUAAAUAUUCCAGCCCAAUAUGUCCAUGUUGACAGGAACGGGACUCAGAGGUUGGCUGAUGUGUGAAAGUGAACACACUGCCAGAGCUCCCAGAAAUGCAAAGGUAACGUAUCUGAGGCUCUAUUCACCCAAUACACACACAACUGGUUAAGAGUGAGGGAGCUGUUGGGGAAGACUGUCCAAGUUUAUUCAGUCCCCUAGAUCCUUGCUACUCAAAAUACGGUCUGAGGACCAGCCACACCCGCAUCUAUGGGCGCUGCUUGGAAAUGCAGAAUCUCUGCCCUUCCGACCCCCACCCACCAGAAUCUGCAUUUUGCUAAGAUCCCCAGAUGAUUCAAGUGCACAGUGAAGUUUGAGAAGCAUUGCCCUAGCAGAUUAUUUCCACUAAGGCUGACUGUAGUGCCUGGAGCAGUUCUUUCCUGGAAAGUACAGAUUGAGUCUGUUUGACUUGCAGUGAACAGUACUGUCAUAAAAAGGUAUCAUUUUAAAAAUCUAUUAAUGGUUUGGGAUUCACAUAAUGGGAGGGAAUGAUCUGCAAAAGCACAUACAACUUCUAAGAGGGUCAGGGAAUAUACCCCACCUUGAGAAGCAUUGAACCAAAGACUCGGCCCUUCAAAACCAGCACAGACCAAAUCUUUCUCAGAAUAGUCCCAUCUCCUCCAAGGUGUGUAUGAACCACUCUGAUAGUAUGAGAAUUCAAAAAUAGUCUUCUGAUGUAUAAUUUGGCAUGUAUGAAAAAAACUGUCAUGGCUGAAGACUCAAACUGAAUUCUUAAAAAACAUCCAUUAGUAAGUAGAUUACUGUCAAUCACUAACUAAAGCCAAGGCUAUAAUUCUCGGUCACUUAGCACUCUUUAAUGAAUUGCGGGGUUUUUUUUUCAUAGUCUAGUCUAUUUUCCAUCAAGAAGUCCUCUAGUCAAGUGGAAGUAUGCAGAUUAAGGGUCAGGAGACCCAGCUUCUAGUGCUAAUUAUGUUAGUUUAGCUCAACUGCCUUCUCUGGGUCUCAGUUUGCUCUGAAUGAAAUGCUAGGCCGAUUAAUCUAUAAUGUCCUUUUAAACUGUGAAUCCUUAAUUCCAUGAUUCACUCAAUAGUGUCCAGCAAAGAUGAUUAACCAAUGCCUUGUAUCAUAAUUAAGCUAACAAAUAAUUGCCCUUCAUCAUAGACAUAGGUCCUCUUCAGUGAUGUGCUCAUUUUGUUUCACUUUUUGUUUCUUUUUUUUUUUAGUUGGAGGACAGUUGCUCUACAAUACUGUGUUGGCCUCUGCCACACAUCAACAUGAAUCAGCCACAGGUUUAAAUCAAUGCCAACUAAUCUUAACAUAUUGCACCUGCAUUUUACAAAUUACAUAGGUAUAGAAUCAUAGUCUAAAGUGAUGUGCAAAUAUGUGUAUAGAGGGAAGCAGAGAUUUUUUUUAAAAGACAUUGAAAAAGGCUCUGAUUUUUAGGGACAAAAUGUUUUCUUAUACUAGGCUGCCGAUUCUGGUUUGCGCUUUUGUUGUUGUUGUUGUCUUCUUACGGAUUAUGAGCACCAGUGCACAGUUGCUGUUAAAAGCCUUGAGCUCUGAUUUAUAAAAAGUCAUAUUUUUAUAAAUAAACACUUCAAGCUACAAAGCACAUGGAAAUAGGAUAGCCAGUGGGUGAUUUAUGGAAGCUUAUAACUCAAAGUGCAAAAUCUUCUCUAGUCAGUUUUAGCAAAUGGGUACAAGGCACCUCAGAUGAGCACAAGUCAUAAUCAGUCACGUCACUGACAUGCAACUGACUCUCCAUUCUCCUAAGUGCCUAAGGCCAAUCCCAGCUGGUUUGGUCCAAAGUUGGUCAAUCUCUUACCAUCUGUACAAGAUGAAGGAGUUUGACUCUGUCCUAUAGUGACCCAACUGAAAGGGGGAAUCUGAUGAGCAAGCAGAGGCACCUGAGCUCCAGGGUGCAGCUUAGCUGAGGAAGGUCUGUCCCCCAACUUUCUCCAGGCUGCCUGCCGCUGCCCAUCACUUUCAGAAAGAUGUGAUCCAGCCAGUUGUAAUUUUGUUAUCUCUUUAGAGUAGACAUGAAAGAAUCAGAUUUGUACAAAUUUUACAAAGUGCCUUUUUUUUUUUUUUUUGAAGUUUUCUUUUCACAAGAAAAGUGUAUUUGUUUAGACAGUAAAUUUUACAUUUUAAGUAAAUGAAUGAAAAAGCCAGAAAGGGAAUCAUUAAAUGGUCUAAGGUCCAAUCAGCAACCACUGAGUGGAUUUUUAAUUUAUUGUUUAGUUGAAUUAGCACACAGCUGAUGUGAAUACUGUAACUUAUUGUGAUAAGAAAUUGACUCUGGCUAAGAUUUUGGAAUAAGUCUGCCACCCUGUUACUUGAGACCCUCAGUUUAAAAACACAUUAAUGCACUUUCAAAUGGCUUUGAAUUGCAUGCCAGGGCAUGAAAAGGGCAAUGCGUGUACCAUGGAACUUGGCACACAUGCAGAAAGACAUAAAAGCCUCUGGAUUAUGGUCCGCAGGAUUGCUGAUGUAGAUUUGUCAUUGUUGAAAGCCUCUAGUGAACCAAUUUCUUUUUCUGCCUUUUCAGCUCAUGCAUCAUUAACAUAGUUGCUAGGGUAGUGGGCUGAGCACUCAAUUUCCGGCUGCCAGUAAACAGGCUGUGUGAUCUUAGCAAAUCCUUUAAAAGCUAAUCUCUGGUUCCCCCAUCUGUUAAAUGAGUGGCUUGGCCUAAGAUGUUUCUAAGACCCCUUCCGGCUCUAACAGUCUUUGAUGUGCAAGAUCUGAGUAAAAUCCAGGGUUUCGGUAAAUGGCCCAGGGACAGUGCAGGAAAACACUGCUGAUGAUCCCUUAGCCUGAAGCAGUGGACAGUGUGGCUGUAACAAUGCUGAAGAGAAAAACAGGUCUACUCCUUCAAGUCCCAUCGAUUUCAUUUAACAUCCUUGGCUCCUCCUCUUCUUCUUAACUGUCCACCUUGUAGGCUUUUAAUGCUCUCACUUAGGGCCUCCAUUUCUCCUGAGAGUUCAUUAUGUACAGUAGCAACCGUAGGAUUUGCAAGAAACUAAAUUAUUCAUAAACAAUGACUUUGGCCUGAGUCAAACAAUAAAUUGGCCACAUAGAUAUCAAGGCCCAAUUUAAAGGUCACAACUUAUCUCAUUUACGGAGCCACAGGCUUAGAGAUUCUAGCUCAACUCAUCCAUUCAUUCAUUUGUUCAAAGGCCAUUAAUAAAUCCAAGCUACAAUGAAGACUCUUGUGGAGGUCUUAAGCAGAAACUUAAAAAUGCAAAAUGAUUGCUCAAGAGUUUUAAUCUAACCAGAAAUUCUAUUUAUAGUUAUGGCCUGGAUGUAUUUCAUGACCAGUGUACAUAUCAUCUGCAAAUCAAAUAGUUCUCUCGCUAGAUUUAUGUAUUUCAAGAUGAUUUUGGCUCUGAGACGUUCACAUAGUUACCUAUUUCAGUAAAAGGAAACAGAUAGAAAAAUACAGUGUGGGGGACUUUCCUGGUGGUCCAGUGGCUGGGACAUCACACUUCCAAUGCAGGGGGCCCAGGUUGCACCCCUGGUCACAGAACUAAGAUCCCACAUGCUGCAGGGCAACUAAGUCAAAUGCCACUUGGAAAUCCUGCAUGGCACAGCUAAGACCUGGCACAGCCUAAGUAAAUAAAUAUAAAAUAUUUUUUAAAAAGAAAUAAAAAUAGGAUGUUUCUAAAUGUCUGGGCAUCUCAGGAUUACACAGAAUGCCAAAAGUAACCUGCUAAACUCUGAUUUUUUUGGACAUAGUGACUCUGUUCAGUGUUCUGAGUUUAUGGCUAAGAGAUGUGCAUAUGCCCACGACUGUUUUGUCCACCUUGAUUCCUUUGAUUUAUGCUCCAAUUUCAUGUCAGGAAGCACUGAGAUGUGUAAAGUGGGAAAACAUACACUGUUUAUGUGGUUGUGGUCAAUGAAAAGAGAGACCUUUAACCAUAGUCUGGUAGUUAACUUUUUACCUGCUGCUGAUAAAAAGAAAAAAACAACUCUAAAAACUUUAGCUACUUAAGUAGUAAUAUAAAAACCAGUAGUUUCAUAUUAUGGUCAACGCACACUUCACCCGCAUACAUUUCAUAAUCUAAUCUGAGUUUUCCAUGCAAAUUUCACAUUCCUAAAGAGGUGGGGAAAUCUUGUUAUAUUGCUUGAAAUUGAAAAAUUGUAUGGCAAAGAGUCUCCUAAACAACAAUUUGUUUUAUGAAAUUCCUGAUAAAAUGAUUUUGAAGUUUUAAAAGUAAUCAUUUCCCUUCUUAUCCUAAUGUCCUUCUUUCAAAGCUGCUUAUUGCUUAGAAAUGAUGUCACAUCUUCCAUUUUGACUAUUUUCAGUGGCCUAGUUAUGUAUUUGCCAUGUGAUAAUCCUGACUUUAACUGUUAUAUGAUUUUAUAUUAUAUUGCUUUAUGUGGUUCAAAAACUGUAUGACACAUUGAGAUAUAUAAUCCUCCUAUUGUGAAACUUGCUGUAUACUACAAAGGAAAAUAAUUAUUUCAUGAGUUAGAAUCUAUCCAUAUAUAUUUCAAUGUGAUUGUUUCUAUAUCUGGAAAACAAGACUGAAAAAAAUAUGUAAUCAUAUCUUUCUGUUGAAAUCGUGAAUGUGCUAAUUUUUUUUCUUAAUCUUUGUCUAGAAGUAGUAUGAGUUGCCAUUGUACAGCUGAUCUGGGGUUAAGUGUUUAAAGUACAAUCCAACAAUUGUUUAAAAGUCAAGUCAACCCCUCGACUUUGCUUCAUGUGACCUCUGAUACUUCUGGGGUGUUUUUUGCAUAAUGAGGCUUGCUUUUCUGCUUGAUCAGUCAUUUCAAACAAUUUUCAUGUCUCAUGCAGAAACCAAAGCAACCUAGAACUGGCCGUUAGGGAUCUGUGUCUUCUGUAAAGCCAUAUUGAAGUGAAGGCUAAGGGAUAGCCAAAGGUUCCAUACUUUCAAACCUACCACUACCUCUGCUUUUUCUCUUUUCCUAAAAAAUGCCAAACAAAAUUCUUCAAUAUUGCAUAGGAAAUUAGAAGUGAUUGUUACAAGUUUCUGGGGUCUUAUUUUGUUUUUUACAUGAAGAUACACCCCCUAAAUUAAUCAGUUUGUAAGUUUAUGCUAGGUUUUCUCAAUAACCAUUUUUACAUUUUAUAAAAACUGGCUGAUGAAUAAGGGCCAGAAAGAAUACAUAGUAAGUCACCAGGUAAAAAGCCAACAAAAUUAUAGAUGCAGAUUUUUCCCUAACCAGGAGUCACCACAACAUGGUUACCCAAAGCCAUGAGGGGGAUAUUUCUCACAAUUUGAUUUCCCUAAAGCCCCUAGAAAUAAAUUUUUUCCUUAUCUGAUUUUAACCAUCAAAGAUAUUAUGGUAUGGGAAAAAUCAGGCAUAUAUCAGAAAUAACCUUGUUUUGAUUUUAAAAAUUCAUUUCUACAUGAACUAGUUACAAUGCCUAUUUUUUUUUAGUCUUAAAAAAAUUAUAGAAGACUGUAGUCAUCUGGUUUAUCUUGCAUCUUUAGUUCUGUAAAUCUUUAGUUAUUGCACAUUGUGCUUUCUGUUGCCCUUGGAUUUAUUAAUUUGUCUCCUUCCAUUUUGAGAGGAUACCGUGGAUAGCUAAAUCCAUAUCAAGAGCAUGGGAGAUGCUGCUAACUGCUAUUACCAGACUUCUUCAUUUUUUACUUCACACCAAAAACGAUGCUUGCCAAACAAAAUCAUCCCAGUAUAAUAUUAUCAUUAUAUUUCUACUCAUGUUAUUGAAAAUUCCCAGCUCAGUGCCUGGCUCAAUAAAUGUUUAUUCUCCUUGCC